AUGGUUUCAGAUGCAUCAUCAGGCCCCAGACCAAAUAUAAACGAAGACCAUUGUUCUUCGUUUUCCGGAAGUAAAAAGUCGAGCAAUCGUAAAAACAAGACCACAGAGGAUGAGAAGCAUAGCCAAUUUUGUCUGGAUGACACUGCCACUUCACAUUUCCUACAUUUCUAUCAGGCAAGUCCUAAUCAAAAUCAUUAUAGCUCAGUGGAACAUUUUGAGAGGGAACCUUCACCAAAGAAGCACUUGGGAUAUGCCAAGUCCCCCACAAAAGGGAAAUCAGGCGGCGUUCGGGGACGAAAAAGGCAGUAA